AUGACAGCAUUUGAAACGGCAGUGGCCAACUGGAACUUGCUGCUGAACGGGAGAUUCAGCGAGCUCGACAAAUGGUCUGAAUUCGUGCUCAACAAGUACAAACGAAACAUUUCUAAAGACGUUUGGAACAUGACGUGGGAGUUUGCCAAGUAUCUAAAAACCGACCCCGAACUCCAGGAAUACAGCGACGAAGGAGCGUGGCCGUCUGUCAUUGACGAGUUUGUAGCAUACCUUAAAAACAAGCAGUAG